GGCGGGAAAGGAUUACAUUGCAUCUCGCCUACGUGUUAAUUUAACAGGAAGCAUUUCGGUUUCGUUUGCGUAUGCUCUACCUAGAUUAGCGAUGGAAUUUUUGUAAGAAUUAUUCGCAUCAGUGCUACUCGUCGUUUAUUAGUUCAAGAAAACUGAGGACGCCUCUAAAGCCGUUAAGCUUGCAGUUUCGGUUCGGGAGCGUCACUCUAUGUCGGGAGGUUUGGUCCUUUAAACCAUGGAGACUCCCCCUCAUGAGAAUCCCAAUCCAGGAAGGCGGCAUACCAGAAGCGCUCUAUCUGAAAUCCCAGCUAGGCUUGGGAUGCUCACCGUCACUGAUGAAGCGACAACUAUUGUUGGUGAUCCGUUAACUACACCACUACAUGCGCGCUUUUUUCAUGGGGGCCUAUGGAAUGUGAAUAUGAACAAUUUUAACCUGCCAUCUUCCUACAUAAGCCCUUCACCAUCUCCAGAUGAGUUAGUAAUCCAACAGCGUGGGAGGCGUAGUGUCCCAGCAACAUGGAGCCCUGACAUUGAUGCCAAAAAAGAUGGACAAACAAGACGUGACUGCACACCAGUGAAAGGCCCUGGCCCUAACAGUCCCCUCAAAAACGCUCCUGUUCGCCGAAGCACUCCCAGGAAAAGGCUCAUGCUCACUGACCCUAAAGAGAUGAUCUGUUCACCUGUCAAGUUAAAUACUAGGGCAGCUGCUUCACCAAAUGCCAAAAAGACUCGUAUUGAGAGAACUGGCUUAAGGAGCUAUUCAGGCCCCCUGCUUGCGGGUUUAAAGGGCUUGUCCCAAGAGCAGCUUAUUGAAGUUAUUAAAAAUCUGGUUGAUAUUCAUCCUGCUUUGGAAAACGAAAUUUUAGGGUCUUUACCUGCACCAGACCUGAGACCUCUGGAAGAUCAACUAAACUACCUGAAGAAAAAUAUUUUCAAGUCCUUGCCAAAUUCCAGAUUGACAUCCAAGACUGAUUCACCGGCUUACAGCAGAGCAGCUACUCAUGUGACAGCCUUCAAGAAAUGUGUACUGGAACAAGGUAGGACUCUGCUUGACUCUCAGCACUGGGAUGCUGUAAUUGAUUAUGUUAUUCUGGCUUGGGCUUAUGUUCGAGCAACACCACUGUGGGAUAACCCACCCCACAAUGCUGCUCGCAAGCAAUGCUUUAAAUCUCUUGCAAGUCAGUGUAUGACAGCUCUUAAGAAAGGACUUUGGAAUCCAGAUCAAGCCCAAACACUCAAGGAGAGACUGGAGGGAUUCGUUGUGGACAGUGAAGACAUUCAGUCAUGCUUGAAACAACUUGAGUCCAUGUGCUCAUAAUGGACAUCAAAAGUAAGAAAAAGGGGAAAAAAAAUUACACUUUGUAAUGUAAUUUUUUGAAGCAGCCUCGAAUGCUGUUUCAAGCUAUUAAAGACUAGGUCUAUUAAGUAAGGAAAGUAGGUAGGUUUUAUGAAGUUGUUAUACUUUUUGACACAUGUUCAUUCUCAAUGAAGUUAUAUAAUUAAAACAUGUAUUGUGGUCCAUGGCGCCGAGCUUAACUUAAAAUUGACAUAAAUGGAGCAGCCAAUUCUUAUGUUUUAUUAUUGUUUAUCUUGACAUCUUCAGAUUUGACUAAAACUUUGUUGAUUAAUGAUUUUUAUCUAGAUUUCGGAGGACUAAUUUUUCACAAAUAGAUGUUUUGAAUGAUUUUAAAAAAUACAGUAUGAUGUGUUUACUUUCAUAUGGGGUUUCACUUUAAUUCUAUUAUCCUGUUGUACCAUUGUAUGUAAGACUAAGUUUCAAGAUGUGAUAAUGUAUUGACCAUGUGCCUUUUGACCCUAGGAUGCUAUUAAUGAGCAACAGUGGGUGAAGUGUUGCAUCUAAUGUGGUUGUGCCCUGCCGUUGUCAAUUUAGUUUGUCAAUUGAUGUUUUAAAUUUUAAUGUUUCCAAAGUAUGUGAAUUCUGAACAAAUUCUCCUUUUCUAAAGUUUUUAUUGAUAUUUUUAAAGGUUUGAUUAGUAAUGGACAGUGUUAUUUGUUGGUGUCAACUUGUGCAUUUCGGUUUAUCCUCUUCAAAAUGCACAUUUUAAGUUUAACAUCACCCAACAAUCCUUCUUGCUCACCAAAAAGUUGCUAGAUUGUGUUAAUGUAAAUAGUGACUGCAAUCUUACUUGUCACUGAACAUGUAACAUGUGUGUUGACAGGUUCCUUGUCUGAGAGAAAAGUACAAUGAAUUACUAUGAAACAAAAGUGACUAUUUAGUAAUAAGCUUGGUGUAACAUUGCCAUUUGUCUUCUAAGUUCAAUAUUGACUAGUGAUUUAUUUAAAGUCCCAACUUUGUCCUGCAGUCUGUGUCUACGCUUAUAGUGUGCUAAGGUAGUGAUUGUAAUGUGUUCUUUAGUGUGUGUUAUUAAUGCACAUUAGUGUGCCUUAAUGCAUGAAAUAGGAGAAUUUUGAAAGAUUUUCAAUAAAUUAUUGAACAUAAUUUCA